ACGUCGUAUCAAUCUCUCAUCUUAAUGCCCAUUUCAUAACUUCAUGCAAACAAACUCCAUACCCUAGCGUCUGCGACCACCACAUGUCGAAUUCACCUCUCAAAACUUUAGACGACCAAACGGAUGGGUUCACUUUCCACAACCUUGUGGUCAGCUCCACCAUGGACCAGGCCGUGCAACUACACCGCCUCGUCUCUACCGUGAAACAGCGUCAUUCUCUCCACAAACACGCAACGUCAGCUUUGUUUGACUGCUUGGAGCUCUACGAAGACACUAUAGACCAACUCAACCACUCUAGGAGAUCGUACGGUCAAUAUUCUUCGCCGCAUGAUAGACAAACCGCGUUAAGCGCGGCCAUAGCUAAUCAAGACACUUGCAGAAACGGAUUUAAAGAUUUUAAGUUAACCUCUUCGUAUUCAAAGUAUUUCCCAGUACAAGUUCACCGGAAUCUCACUAAGUCUUUAAGCAACUCUUUGGCAGUUACUAAGGCUGCGGCUGAGGCGGUUUCCGAGAAAUAUCCAUCGACGGGGUUCACUAAAUUCAGUAAACAAAGAAGUAGCGGUGGCCACCGGAGAUUAUUGAUGUUUUCCGACGAGAAAUUUCCAUCGUGGUUCCCUCUUUCCGACCGUAAACUACUGGAAGAUUCAGAAACUACGGUGAAAGCCGAUCUUGUGGUGGCUAAAGACGGUUCGGGUCAUUAUACAAGCAUUCAACAAGCGGUAAACGCAGCAGCCAAAUUUCCUCGAAGAAACUCUAGACUUGUGAUAUACGUUAAAGCCGGCGUUUAUAGAGAAAACGUGGUGAUCAAGAAAUCGAUCAAGAACGUGAUGGUUAUCGGAGACGGCAUUGAUUCUACCAUCGUCACUGGUAAUAAGAACGUUAAAGAUGGCACGACGACGUUUCGGUCCGCAACUUUUGCUGUUUCCGGCAGCGGUUUUAUCGCACGAGGCAUAACAUUCGAGAACACGGCGGGACCGGAGAAACAUCAAGCGGUGGCUCUCCGAUCAGGUUCAGACUUCUCCGUCUUCUACGACUGCUCUUUCAAAGGCUAUCAAGACACUCUCUACCUUCAUUCUCGCCGUCAGUUCUUGAGAAACUGCAACAUCUACGGCACCGUUGAUUUCAUCUUCGGAGACGCAACCGCCAUCCUCCAAAACUGCAACAUCUACGCUCGUAAGCCGAUGAGCGGCCAGAAAAACACGAUCACCGCCCAAUCGCGCAAAGACCCGAACGAGAACACUGGCUUCGUCGUCCAGAGCUCGACGGUGGCUACGGCGUCGGAGACUUAUUUAGGACGGCCGUGGAAAUCGUAUUCGAGGACGGUUUUCAUGAAAUGUAAUCUUGGAGCGUUGGUUAAUCCGGCGGGAUGGUUGCCUUGGAACGGCGAGUUUGCUCUGAGUACUCUUUAUUACGGUGAGUAUGGUAAUACCGGCGCCGGAGCAAGUGUCUCCGGUAGAGUUAAGUGGCCGGGUUAUCAUGUUUUAAAGACGGUGACGGAGGCGGGGAAAUUCACGGUGGAGAAUUUCUUGGACGGGAACUAUUGGAUUACGGCGGCGGGAGUACCAUUGGUGCUUGUUGGCAAAGCAACCACCGACGAUACUUUCAAUGCAAGAGCAAAAGCUACCGUGACUGAACAAGUUAUCCUGAAGGCUAAUGCAACUUUGUCGACGGCUCUUGUGAGCCUCAAGUACAUGGGCCUAAGCUCCCGAACACAGCUGCAGCUCGGGACCAAUGGCUUAGGAGGAGCCACAUACAUACAUGUUCUGUUUCUUCACGCCUUUAACAGUCCUUAUCAACAGGUUGCCACUGCGCAAGGCUUUGACACAGGUAACAUUCUUAUGACAUAUGUGCAUAAGGUUUCUAAAAAGUAUCGUGUCCGAGAAAAUGUCGAUUAUGACGGUGUGGCUUGUGGUCUUGUGGAGAGUGGAAUGAGGACUGGAAAGAUUAUACUUUCGGCCAAAAUGGUGGACUUGAAGAAACGAGAUACUGUUUUCGGUUUAGGCGACCUUUGGUUAGAUAUCCAAGAUGGAGGAGUUCACUACCCGAUCAGCUCCAACCUUGAUAACGUAAGAAGAAUGGUCAAGUUCAACGACUCAAAUCAUAAACUUUUGUCUGCACCUAUGUGAUACUUUCUUCUUAUACUAUCCAAGUUACGUUAUUCAAUUUAUUAGCCUUUGGGAGAAGUUGUAUUUAUUAUUGGAAUGAGUUGUCGUGAGGAUUUUUACUUCUACCGAUUUGGCUUUCUCAGUUUUGUUUCCGUCUUUUGCAUGAUUAGGAUCCAUGAAUUUGCAAGUUUGGUCUCCUAACAUCUAACUUACCGUUUAAGGUUUUGUUUGCCUAUGUUUAAUACAACCAUUGAGUAAAU